UGUAAUCGUGACUGUGCAGCGUAUGGGUGAAACUGAAGCGCGCAGUUGUUUAACCGUCGACGAUGUUGCAUAGUGGACCGUGAUAUAAUUGGAAAACGCAUUAACAGAUCGUCGGAAGAUAAAACGAGAACAACGUAUUGCAGGACUAGGUUGCUUGCAGUACUGAAUCAAAAUGGAAUCAAUGGAUGCGCGUCUUGUGGCGCAAGCAUUGAACUACCAUGGCCAACAGUUGCAGAAAGUGUGGGAGGGAGAACGCAACGAGAAUGAGCUGGCCAUGCUGAAUCUCAAGGAACCAAAUUUUGAGAUCUACCAACAGCGUCAGAAAACGCUUAGUUUUGGAGAUAGAGGAAAAAGGCUAAAGCUACAGCAAUUCCUUGCAAAGAAGGCAGAUGCCCUUUAUGAUAAGGCAAACUUGGAGAAAACAGUUGAACCUCUCAAGCAAGAAUUAGGAGAUGAAGAAUUUUAUGCAACAAUGCCAGGCCUUGAUACUUUUGUUACCAUGGAAAAGUCUCAGCGUAUACGAAAUUUUUUGGAGAGUUUGGUCGUUGGAGAUGUUAUUUACGCGCAAGUUAUGGGUAAAAGUGCUGCUGGGCUUCUCCUGAAGGUGCUUUGCAACUGCAGCGACUGCCCGAGGGUUGUUACUGAUUUAGGAGUUAAGGCUCUGAUAUUAAACACGGCCACAGUGCCGGCGGUGGACAAGAAAGGUGUUACAAGAGGCUACAUGGCAAAUGAUCUCAUCUGCGUCGUAGUCAGUGAAGUUAACGUUGAAGCUGAGCGAGUUGUUGCAGUUAUGAACGUACCUGCCCGUGAAGGGCAAGCCCCACACCCACCUAUGGGACUUAUCCAUUCGGAUGAUCUUCCGGAAGCUUAUAAGAAAGCGAUGGACAACAAAGGACAGUCAUACGAAGCGAUGUUGGAGAAUAGUACUGGCUUCAACAACCCAAACAACAUUAAAUAUCUUUGCGACUUGAUGGGUCUCGGUCAAGAGAACCAUUCCAAUAUGGUUGGUUUGAGAGAAAGAUUCCCUCCAAAUGAAUAUGCGUCCGAAUUGAGACAAGCUCAGGCCAGUAAAUGGGCGUUCCGAAGUGUGGCCGAAGGUAUAGAUCAUUUCAAGGCUGGACGUCAUACAGAAGCCUUCCAGUGCUUGAACAAAGCGCUGACCGUAGAUCCACGGAACGUCGAGGGAUUGGUUGCUCGUGGAGCACUAUACGCAAACAGCGGCAGUUUUAAGAAAGCCAUCGACGAUUUUGAGACCGCGUUGAAACUGAAUCAAACUCACGCGAACGCGCGUAAAUACAUGGCCGAGACGCUGGUCGCUCUGGGUCGAAGUUACGAGGACGAGAAGAAGUACGAAGAAGCCCAGAAAGCGUACGAGAACUGCUUGGUAAUUGCUCCGUACCAUGAAGAAGCCAGGAACUCUAUCGAGUACAUCAAAUCUAAAACACUGACGUCUACUUUGAAUCCACUGGACACGUUCAAGAGUUUCGAAGCCGAGAAUGACGUUGGGGAGAAUAAGAAGGAAAAGAAGAAACGCAAGAAAGAAAGGAAAUCGCGUUCGAAGAAAAGGCAGAGAUGGAGUUCGAGCUCCAGUUCGUCAUCCAGCGGAUCCUCGAGUUCCUCUAGCUCCGAAUCUAGUAGCUCUUCGUCGUCCGGAAGCUCGCGAUCGGCAUCAAGGUCGCCUAGUCGUAAACGGAAACAUAAGAAGGAUCAUCGUGGCUCGUCGCUUUCGCCUCUUAGCAAACGUAUGGCUCAGUACAACAAUCCACCGGCUGCUGCAACAGCUACGCACGAUGUCAUAGCCCCGGUGACUUACGGUACAAAUACUCGAGAUAAGAUGGAUGAUUACGAGAUAAAAGUACGAAAAUUCUUGGAGCAAACAAAGGACGACUCAGAUUACGAAGAUAAGGUAAGGAAGUUCUUGGAGGAAACUGCCAGAUGGAAGAGGGAAAGGGAGAAGGAAAAGAAACAUUCAGAAAGUGAAAAGAUGAAGAAGAAAAAGAAGAAAGAAAAGAAGGGCAAGGACAAAGAGAAAGAAGACAAGAAAAGCCGGAAGAAGAAGAAGAAGGAAGAGAGAAAGAAACGCAAAAAUAAAGACAAACUUGAACGAGACUUAGAAGCCCUGAAAAAAUCUUCGUUACCGGAUUUAGAACAGUUGGAGUCGAAACUGAAUGCGUAUUAUGCGAAAGUUGAAAAAGAAACUGCUGUUUUGAAAAGGUAUGUAGCUCAGUAUAAUGACAUAGCUUCCCCUCUUAGCAACGCGGAGAAGCUCGCUGAGAGCUCACGAAGGGAGGAGGAGCUGCGCAGAGAAAGGGAGAGGGAGAGAGAUGAGGCCUCGAAGGCGUACCACGAACGGGAAGCUAGGGUACCAAUGACCGCACAGCAACAAAUCCAAAGGAAGCCUCUGACUGACAUUUUUGAGCAAGAAUCUCAGUUGAUCCAUCCGGAACCCAAAUUACCAACCUUGGACACAGCUGCCCUAAAUGCGAAAUGGAAGGCUGCUCAAGCCGCAAGACAAAAGGACGUCCUUCCACAAAAAUGGCAAGAUGUAUCUCAGGAAAGUAAGAAAAUGCAACCCAAUGUAGAUAGCGACGAAGACGACGACAAUGAACUGGAGGAGAAAUUGCAGCGCGCAGCUUUGGAGAAGUCGAUGAACAUACGAAAACAGAUGCAACGCGAACUCGCGGAGAAGCGAGCGGCCGCUGCUCAACCGAUGUUGGCUCCAACUCCGCCGCCGUUACCGAAAGAACCACCGAUGCCAAAGCAAGCACCGGUGAAAUAUCCGACACCGCAGCCGCAAAAUAAAUUCCAGUCGUACAAAGAUCCCUCGAUAUCCGUGCCGCAAGCAACGCCGACUAAAUUCAGUUCUAGUAACAAUCUUGGUGGCAAGUUCCAACCGAUUGGGCAGAGUGGUAACAGUGGCGCUGGUCAUCCACCAGAACCACCGCGUCCACCUCCGCCAACGAAGAACCAAAGCCAGGCGAAGGGACCUAGAACAGACUCUGACAGCGAGACGGAAAGACAGCACAGACAGACGCCUAAGAAACGGGAAUCGAGUGGCAGAGGUGGAGCCGUGACGAAGAGGAUGAGCAGAGACCGUCCAGCGAAACGUUCGCGUAGCAGAUCGCGAAGCGCGUCCAGUUCAGGCUCCUCGAGAUCCCGUUCGCCCAGAAGAAGCCGUUCCCGAUCGUAUUCGAACCGAAGAUCCGGCAGUUACGAAAGGAAGUACAGUCGAUCUCCUUCGGGCACUUACAGCAGGUCGCGUUCCAGGUCACGAUCCAGAUCGUACACGAGGAGUCGUAGCCGCAGCAGAUCCGGUGACAGGAGUUACUAUCGGAAGAGACAAUUCCGACCGUACAAUAAUCGCGGUACCUAUUACAAGCCUCGUUUCCAAGGCUUCAAUAACCCGAACCAUCGUGGCGGUGGUAACAAUUUCCAGAAUCGUAACCGGUUCUACAACAACCAGCACAACAAUCGUUUCGGUAACAGACGCGGCGGUGGUUUCAAUAACCGUGGUGGCGGACGCGGACGCGGCGGUAACCGUGGCGGUAGGUUCUUCCACGGUAAGCAGGGCUUCCGCGACUUCCGGGACAGACGAGACUUCAGAGAUCGCCGCGCCGCGUCGCGCGAUCGGUACAGCGACCGUAGCUACUCCCCCGAUCCGAUGAGGAAAGUCGACGAGGCGAAGGAAAAGAUCAACAAGAUGCUCGAAGGUGGCGACGACGUGAUGGAACAUCAACAGGGUGGCGGAGGAUCGAACGUACCUCCCAGCAAAAGGCAAGACGGACCUUUGAGCGAAGGCGAAGAAAGGGACGACGAUGACUACGAGAGGUGGGGAGAGGGCGAGGGGGGCGACACUGCUAACAAGGUUGGUUAGGUCUCUUCUGUGUAGGCUUUCGCGAAUGAACAGCCUAUCUUCUCGUGAUGACGAUCAUGAUAAUCCGGAUGAUGAGAUAAAUAUGAGGAGUAAAAUGAUGAGGAAUAUGAUGGUGAUGAUGAUGAUGGUGAUGAGCCACACGUACAAGAAAAACAUGCGACUUAGGAGCCAACUAACUCUCGUUUGUUGCUAGAAUGAGGAGGUUGGACCUGUCGAGGAUAACCUGGAAGGCAAGGAGUACUUCAUUGAGCGCAUGAAGCAGCGAAGCAAGAAUGUAUUAAUGCAGAGAGCCCUUGCUGCUAAGAUUUGGUAGAAAACCACGGUUGCCGUUUGCUGCUUCUUCGAUUCUUCUCCUUCGUCUGUGAUAUAGUUACUUUUCCUCAACGUAAAACAUCGACCGGAUCACGUGAGACAUAGACUUCUUAUUAAUUCUCGGUACCGAUUGUUUUCGGUAUAUGUGUAAAACUGAAAGAACAUAGAGAGGGAUGAUAAUAACGUGUAUAUGGUAGAAGAAGAAAAUGUACAACCGAAGUCGUGACAGUCGAGAGAAAUGCAGCUUUUACUUUACUUUUAUUCCUAAUUUUUAAACUUUUUAACUUUAUUCCUGAAUGCCAGCAACGAACGCCUAUCGUUAACCGUGAAUAUUUUUCGCUGGACACCAACGUAAUUCGGCUUGUUUCGCUCGAUUGUCAUGCUCGCCCAUAAAUAAUCUUAUAUAGUUAAAUAUCCACCCGUGGUUGGUGCGUGUAAAUGCGAGCGUUCUCGUCGGGUACUCGUGUCGCAAACGAGCACUCGCGGAUUUCUUUCUUUCAUUCUUUCUUUCUUUUUUUUUUAAUUUUUAAUCGUUAACGAAAAGAUACACAACUUUCGACUCUAGUACUUAUUAUUCUCGCAUUGUAGCAUUUGUUUUUCUCUCGUCGUAACGAAACUCGUCGUGUAAGUAUUAAAAGCUAGAGAAGAGAGCGAGCGAAACCUUCUGCUAUGACGUGCACUUUCGAAGGGAAGUAUUUGGUCGCAGUAUUUGGCGUACGUGAGUGGCUUCUCAUUAUCAUUCAUUAUCAGGAAACUAGGAGUCAAUUUGUACAUUCGUUGAUGUUUCAAACGUCAGAAAAAUGAAGUUCAACCGUGUUCAGUUUAAGAAGCUUCGGCGAGGAAUUUUCAUGUAUUUUUCUUCGCGCCCCUAGCUAUCGGCGAUCCGAUUUUUCACGAUUGAAACACCUCACGUUUUUUUAACUCCUGCGCUUGAUAAGACACGGACGGUACAAGCUUUGUAAUGAAUUUCCACGGAUGUCAUAUCGUUUUCCGGUGAAACCUAAUAAAAAUCGCGACUCAUCAUCGUAAAGAAGAA